UCCUUACAGAUAAAAAAGAAACAGCAAGAUGUGGUCGGUUUUUUGGAGGCAAACAGGAUUGCCUUUGAAGCCAAAGAUAUCGCAUGUAAUGAUGACAACAGGAAGUGGAUGAGAGAAAAUGUGCCCGGUGAGAAAAAGCCAGAAAACGGAAUCCCUCUCCCUCCCCAGAUCUUCAACGAGGAACAGUACUGUGGAGUAAGUCUGCAACUUAUGUAUAAAGUAGCCUUUUCACCUCCUGUCAGAUUGAUGGUUUGCACAUUUUCACCUGGUAGAUAUCAUGUUGAGGCACCUUUUUUUUUUAACAGCCAUAGUGACACUUCAGCGGAAAAGUGA